ACAAGAUGUGUACAAUCUCUACGGGAACUGUUUUCAUUCUGUGGUGGUGACAGGAGUUCAUCUCAGGGAUGGCCUGAACUACAUACAGUGUCUUUAAGUUUUAACCAUGUCUUUGAAUUAGAUGAAUCAUUGAGAUUAUUAACCGCUGUACAAGUUCUUGACUUAAGCCAUAACACAAUCAGUGACGUAGAAUGCAAUCUAGAGUACCUAACAGAGCUGACCCAUCUUAAUCUUGGAUACAACCAUCUCCAGAAGAUCCCUUCUUUGUCAGUCAGUGCUAGAAAUAAACUGCAAUUGCUCGUUUUGAGAAAUAACAAAUUGGAGAACUUGCAAGGAUUAGAAAUGUUUAGGAAUCUACAGGAGUUGGAUAUCGCUAAUAAUUGCAUCAUUGACAUCUCUCAGUUUAUGUACUUGACUUCAUUAAAUAACAUUACAAGGUUGGCCCUACAAGGAAAUCCUGUGUGUUUUCAUCCCAAUUAUCGCAUUAAUGUUGUGAAAUAUCUCUCACCCGGUGUCACUACACAGAAGGUGUAUUUAGAUGGUAAAAUACUGACAAAAACUGAACUUAAGUACCUCCCCAAAGGUGACGCAUAUCGUCUGCGUAAUACUGCCGCUAUGUUUGAAGCAUCCAUCACUAGCGUUGAUAGUUACUUUACGAAUACAAGUCUUCCACCAUCAUCUUACACUAGUGGUGUGACCGAUGACGACGAUACUGAUUCUGUGUCAGACCGGUGGUCACGAGCACGAAAUUCAAAGCACAAAAAAAAGAGGAAACAUCGACAGCCUUCUAUCGAUGAUGCAUUAACCGAUAGGUCGCAGCAGAGUUCAAGAGCUACCACACCAUUUGUCGUAGAUGCCAGCGAUAUGCAACACGAGGUAGAGACGAUCAGAAAACAACUUGGUCAUGAUUGGUUGGUUGGACUCUCUUCAAAACCUAAACGGCAACAAGAUGAUGUCUUCAUCGAAAAUGAUCGAGAUGUAACUAAAAAUGGUGCUGCUCAGAGCGAGAAUCAAAAGCCAACUGUUGAUGGUGCUCUUAGUGUACAUAAACAGGAACCAUUAGAAAAUGAACAGGUCACAAGGUCAAGAACACAGAGUACAUUGUCUGAAGAUGGUCCAUUUAUAGUUACUAUCCUUGGCUCGACAACCAGCGGAAAUCAAGAAAUUUUUCUUUCCAUAAGUAACCAAUGUUUACACGAACGUAACUUAGACGGUAAAACUAUCGAAAAACUUGACAUCAAGAGUAUAGAAAGCGUGAAAACGAGACGUGAAGUCAUCUUUGAUGAAGUGAGCAGCCAUCAUAGUAUGCUCCCCAUAGUGACGAUUAUGUUGGAUUAUGUCAUGAAAACAAGACAGAAAAGAGAAUAUGUGAUGGAAGAUGAAGAAAACUGUAAGUUAUUAUUGGAGAUUCUGCAACCAUUGGUAGACAAAUAUCAAUACAACUCACAGUGUUUGAUCCAUCAGUAUCAAUGUUUGAAGUGUUCUAGUGUAUUCGACAAACACCACGCGCACAAGAAGGUUCAGAGCAGAUCCAAGACGCCCAGUCAGAUGUAUCAGCAGUCGGCUGUCAAAAUGGAAGAGAACUUGGGUUUUGACUCUUUGCAUGAAGUCCCAGUGUGUCCGCAUUGCGGUAACGAGUUACUAAUUGAAAUAGAGAAACCAACCAUGAUUGAACAUAGUCUAUCCACCCCAGUUGGAUCCAUUGCAUCAGUAGGAUCAGCACAGCCAUUGGCUGCGUCGUCACCAUGGAAAACAGACAAUGAUAACUCAUUCCUGUCAGCAGAGGGGAACUCGUCAUCAGACUACGUAACAGCUGAUACUGAAUCCUAUAGCAGCCCUGUACGAGAUAUCAACAAUGAUGUCAGUGUGUCAACAUUAAUUGCUCGUUCAUUGCCAUUUGAUAGUGAAAUGACACUCCAUGCUUUGUCGACUCGUGGUGACAGCUUCUCUCCAUCAAAAACAAACAGGAAUCUAGAACUAGAAUUUGUUGAAAAUGAAAUCAGGAAGUCUGAUGUGUUUUCUGAGAAGGUCCCGAAUGAUGCGUCAGACGAUGCUCCUCACGUUGGCGAGGUUUUUGACUUCCCAUCAGGAAAAGUACAAGAAUUGUUGCAAAAUGAAAAUAAAGAAAGUUUUAAUCAGAAGUACUCACUGGUUCCGACUGACGUGUUCAGCAGUUCGGAUAGCGAUAGUUCAAAUAAUAGCAAAAGGGGUAAAAACGGUGCUAAUGCGAGCGAGAUCUCUCCGCAGAGGCUUAGACGCACAUUGGGAAUUGUUGCAGAGAACAAGGCUGCCAUGACUCUGCAAUAUCCUACUGGAUUUCCGAAAGAUCCAAUCGAGUCUAGUGUGACAACACCGACUGAAAAUGCUGCUUUUGGCAGAGUGUCUCAGAAUGGACAGUUACACCAUCCGAGGCAUCGUAACAGCAUUAAUGAUAUAACCAUUCUGCCAACGCCAAAAGAGACAAAUGUGGAAAAAGUUGUACAGGAUGACGUGCUAGUUAAUAGCAGCAGUAGCGACAUCGCUGUGUUGAGUAAUCCUAGUCAAAGUAGCAUUUUACUGCUGCCAUCACCAAGCACUGAAUGUAGUGUCUAUGAUAUGCAUGUGAGUACUGUCAGUGCCGGUAGUUCUAGCGGUGUUAGUUCGAACAGUGGCGUUCCAAGAAGCGUCAGUUUAAAUGAAUCACUUCUCAACAAAAGUGAACACACGGACAGAUUGCACAGCCCGGAGAGUGGGAUUUACGAUAGCAGCAUCGCGAGCCCAUCAGUCGGGGAUACAACAUUUAGUGCAAUCACUGCCGAAACAUGUGCCAGUAUGGUAAAGAGCGUGUAUGAGCGAACGUUGGAUAGUACAGAUGAGGAGGAAAAGUCAACCCGAGGAGACUCUGACGAUUUCACACAUAUUACUCCGCUGACAUCGCUCAGUAACACGCCCACGCCAAUGAGUCUGCUCGAGAUGAGUUCUUCUUUCACUGAUAGUAGUACGGUCUACACGGGUAGUGUAGGCUCGCAUCAUGACAGGUCAUUGACAGACAGUGGCAGACAUGGUAAACAUCGCACCAUGAUUAUGCUCCCGAUACAGUAUAAUUACGAUGAUUUCACCGUUGUUGAUCAUCGAUUAAAACUUUAUGCAAUGAUGUCAUUAUUCAAACAUGAAGAAGAGGAAUUUCAGUGUGUUCUCAAGUCUCCACUGGUACAGCAUCCCAAAGGUGAAUACUAUUCGUCAUUGCUGAUUGUAUCCAGUCAUAACAUUUACAUCUUAAAAAUUCACAAAGAGGAAACUGACACGCCGACUGAGUGGUUACAGAAGAAAGCACAAUAUUCUAUAGGUUAUCUACAGUAUAUUAACAUUGGUCUGAGUAACCAAAACUUUCAACUAGAAUUUAAUUCUGAUAAUUCUUGUUAUACCUAUUUGGUUCGCGAUGCCACACGAUGCAAAACAUUCAUUGAAUGCUUUACAGGAAUUAUCAAAGGAAUGCCUGAAAACAAACUAAAGGAUAUUACCAGUGAGAAUCCGACGACGUACGCUAAUCUCAUCACUCAAGUCCUAAUAACUGGUAGUCAUGAUGAUAGUAUCGUAGAAACUGACACCGACUUAAUAUUGUAUUUAUUAGCAUAUCACAAAGUAAAAAACAGUAAAGGUCACAAAAAGCAGAAGCCCAUCACUAUAGUUGUCACAGCAACUGACAUAUGUUUGGUUGAGGAGGACCAUCAGUGGCCGUUACCGAAGUUACAAGCGCCACCUUCUACAAAAUCUCAACAAUUUACAUGUAAAAUUCAUCAAAAGAUAAGCAAUAUUUCAGGAAUUGAGCUGUAUGAAGAUGCUGUUUGUCAGAUUAGAAUAGAAUUUUUCAACGAGGAUACUGGUGACGAAUCUAGUUGGGACGUUGUAACAGAAACAGAACAGUCAAUGAACUCACUUGUCACUGCUAUAAAGGAUCCCUGGGAAAAGAUAUUUGCCAUUGAACUUCAAAAAACAGUGCAUCCAACGAUUGAUAUUCAGGAUAUGUAAAUAGAUCUGUCAGAACAGAGGUUAUAAGUCAACCUAAUCACAAUGAAGUCCAAUGUAUCAAUACACCAUAUACCUGUACAGUACUGUGAUGAAGAACUAUUUUUUGUAUAUAUACCUUUAAAGUGUGGACAGAAAUGUCUUCCUUCAAUGAACUUAUUAUUAUUUAAUUGCUUAUAUAAAAGAAUCUGUGGGCAAUAUUUUUACUUUAAUGAAUUUAGCUUUUCAUUGUCUUAUAAUAAUACUAUAUAGCAUGCAUUAAAU